AUGCAGAAUCAACUUGGCCAGGGUCAAGACUUCUCUCUCAGAUUAUUUCACCUGGAGCAACCAGAAGUUGAGUAUGAAAACGAUCAAGAUGUUGUUCCUAGAUCCACGUUCGUACUAGCUAAGCGGUCCCCACUAUCUAUACUGAAUGGAAGAUAUCAAAGUGCAGCAAGAUAUGUUACAGGCAGACCUAGACUUGUGAAACCAAGAGCGCCUGCCACGAUAGCUCCCAUGAAUAAGGAAAGGGCGGAAUUAAUUUUGGAUGACAAUAUGAGCGAAGAGGACAAAAUUAAGUUGAUGCUUGAGCGUCAAAACGAUGCCUGGGCAAAAACACAAGAAGAGCUUUCAACUCAUCGAGUAGUUCACAAUAAACCUGGCAUGGAGGACCUCCCUCCACCUGGUUAUGUUUGCUAUAGAUGUGGCGGAAAGGAUCACUGGAUCAAGAACUGUCCAACCAAUACGGAUCCUAAUUAUGAAGGCAAAAAAAUAAAGAGAACCACGGGUAUCCCGAAAAGCUACAUGAAGACAAUUUCCAGGGAAACUGUUGAGUAUCGCCUAGCGAAUCCAGAGAGCAAUGAAGGUGGUAUCCACACAAAUGAGGAUGGCGACUUGGUGGAUGAAGAUGGGAAUACAUAUCAAAUCACAGAAGAAGGCGAUUACGUAAUGACCUUUGCGGAUUCCAAAACGUGGUCUCUGUUCCAAGAGAAGCAGCAGAGUGCCGCAGAGAUAGCUAAAAAUCAGUUCGAGCUAAAACUAGCACAAGAAGCUCAAGAAUCGAACCGACAAGAGUUCUUAAACCCCUUGAGCUCGGAGCCAAAGGUUCUACAGCCGCCCAUAGUUAUGACGCCUUGCUGCCGCAACCGAGAGUCUCUCAAGUCUCUUAAAAACUUUAAUUACUGCCAGAAGGAGCUUGAAGAGAUUUUGAUCGAUAAUGAUUUCCAUUGUCCCAAUUGUGAUACAGAGGAUAUCUAUCUCGAUAAAUUAAUUCGCAAUGAAAGUUUGGAGACUGCGCUCAAACAAUUCAUAGAGACAUCCAAUACCGAGGAUUCCUCAGGGAUGAAACGUAAAUUUUGUGAGGCAUUUGACGAACCUUCUGCUGACUCCAAUAAAAGGCGGCAAAGUACUUAG